AUGCACUGUCCAACAUUGGAGAGCUGUAUCCUAAGCUACAGAGGCAACGUCAUCCUGUACAACAUCACCAAAGGGGUGGAUCCGGACCUGUUGGUGUUUGGAAAGUACUUCACCUCCAACGUGCGGGUGUUGCCCCACCUCUACACCAGAGUCAACGCCUCACAGCCCCUAGCCUCAGACAAGCGCCAGUUCAACCGGCCACCCGUCCCCCCUGCCCCCACCACCACUCCCCCGACCCCCACCACGACUGCCCCCUACACCACCCAGACCAUCCCUGCCUAUCCAUCAACCCACAGAGAAUCAACUACCACCCCUCAUCCCACCACACCUACCCAGCAGCCCACAUCCACAGCCAGGAUGGCCACCACCACCACCAGUCCCCUGACCUCCCUGGCUCCUGCAGCCAACGUGGAUGGCAGUAACAAGCAGGACCUCAACGACACCAAGGGCUACGUGGGCAGGAACCUAACAGAGGCCGCAGGGGGAGAAGGCGACCAGGGUAGCCAGGGCGCGGUGGAGUCCCCCUCACCCGGUGGUUUGGGCCCAGGGUGGCACGUAGCGGCACACACCCUGCUGGUUGCCGCGGUGACGGUCGUCACGGUGCUGCUGAGCUGCUGCUGUUCCGUGCUGCUAGUGGUGAGCUGGAGGGGUCGGAGGAAGAGGAAGGGCCGGUACAGGACCACCUGGAGGGGGAAAGGGGGGUCCAUGCGCCUCAUUAAGUAUGCCAUUGUCAGGGAGAGCUCCUGA